UGUGAAGUAAAUUAAUUUAAUGUUUACUCCUGUAAAUUUUAUUUUCCUGUUAAAACUUUAUUUAAUCUGAUUUUAAAUGUCUUCAUCUAGGCUGUUUGGUUUUUGUGACAAUUGACUGCUCAAAAUGGAACUAUUCUAGUGAUGCUGUAAAAAAUUCCAGUCCUACCAGAUAAUCUAUCUUUAGCAAACAGGAUUUAUUUAAUAAACUGUGUAUUUAUCUGGUUACUUAAUGAUUUUAUAUUUAAUUGUACUUAAUUAAUCAUAAUAAGUAUACUAUAAAUCUUACCUAAUGGAUAACCAAAAUGGUUCUUCCGAUGGUGAUGGUGAAGAUAUUCCUAGUGAUUUCUUUGACGAUUUUACAAAAGAAGACUUUAUCGAAGGUCUCAGUGUGGUCGACAGUUGGGAUGACAACGGACAGAAGCGCAUAGGACGUCCUCGGAUCAGCGCGGAGGAUGUCGACAAAGCUAAGGACCUGCGGGAGCUCAUAGCACGGGAUAAACACGAAGGCGGACGUGAAGUGACGGAUAACAUGAAAAGGAAACCAAUCGCAGCACAAUCUGACGAGAGCACAAUAAAUCAGAAGCGAUCGAGCAGCGUGACCCGCUUGGACGACUACAUCAAGCCAGGCAGCCGACGCGAUCCCAACAAAACCAACCAAGCCAUCAAGAAAGACAAGGAAGAAAAAGUUAAAGAAUUCCUUGCCAAGCAUCUCGAAUCCAGUGACGACAUACGCCCACCGGGUACUGAACUUGAUGAUUUCUUUGAAUCAAAAAAAGAACAAAAAGAACUCAAAAAGCAGCCUUCUGAAGAGCAGUCCAGCCCAUCGCCACCGCUUAAAGAACGUGUUAAAUAUCGUAGAGAAUCGCCAUUUCCUAAGCGUAAAAAUUCACCUAAAGAAUUACCUUUUAGGCUUAACCAACCACCACCUUAUUAUAAACCUAAACAAUUCCCUUUUAAACGAAAUUUACUAGUGCGGGGACGGGAACCUUGGAAUUCGAAACGCCCUUACAGUCCACGAAGAAGUCCCCGACGCGUCAGCCCUCGCCGCAGUAGUCCCCGGCGCAGCCCGCGUCGCGUCACUCCGAUUAGAUACCGCAAGGUCCAGCGAAGCAGUCCGCGCCGACACAGCCCCGACGUGCGACGUUACAACUCAGAUGCGCGUCGCCGAUCGCCAGUCAAGUCUUCUUAUCGCAGGUCACGGUCACGUUCGCGAUCUCCAAAUCACAAAGACCGAGAACUUCGUCGACAUUCAAGUUCACAAUCACGCAACAGACCAGAAGAAGAUGAUUUUCUGUAUCCCAAAGAUUACUAUCCACCUAAGUUUCCUACAUCUCAACCAGAAAUCCAAUUUCCAGCGACCCCAUUGCCACAGUACACUGAACCUAUGAUUGUGGAGUAUCCUGGAGGUGACCCUUCAGGAUUUCCUUAUCCACAAGGUGGCUCCUACCCUGGAUUUCCAGCUGCGCCAUAUGAGUAUGGGGGACAGCCAUCUGGACCAAUGAUGGGGUCUCAGGCUGGUCCACCCAUGAUGGUACCACAGCCUGGUCCUCGUAUGAUGGUACCGCAGCCUGGUCCACCAAUGAUGGUACCCCAGCCUGUUCCUGCUCCAAGCAUUCCCCUUGCAGUCCCAACUCCAGAUUUAUCACAGUCUGGUGUGAUCUCAACCAAUCAGUCUUUAACGCCUAGACUGAGAGAACAUGUAAAAUCUUCACCAGCUGAUCCAUUGGCAAAACUUGUUGCUGAUGGAAUUAUAUCACAUGAAGACUAUCUAAAGCUGGUGCCAAAUAAAGGUGUUAAACAUACUUCAGAUAGUGCAGAUGCAUUAGUUUUGAACCGCUGCAAUGUUGCCCUAAGCAAAUUAGGUAGUAUUAUGCUGCCGGCGAGAUUGAUAAUCAACAAUAACAUGUUGACUGCUGGAGGUGAAGACAAUCCAACACAUGCCAAGUUCUGCUCACCACUGAAACGGCAACCACCAGUUCAGUUCAACUUCACCAAGACGGAUGCUUCAAGUGUCAACAAACGAAACAAGCAGAUCGUCGAAACUGUCAUCUCAUCAUUGCAACUUGAAAACAUUGUGGGGAAACCGAAGAAAAAGCCUCAGAACAACAUGAAAGAUGCAGAAACGCAGACAAUGAAACCGUUUUGUGAUGUAUGUGAAAUUCGUGAAUCUACUAUGUUUAAUGAAAUAGGGACGUCCAUUGAUCGUGAACACAUAACAUCGUCAGUGCACACUCAGGUGGUGGAUCACGAUCUAGUGAGUUCCAAGGCAGUGUUUAACCCUAGUGGUAGUGUAGCGGACAGUGCCCCUAUGUCUAUAGCCCACAUGACGCCGGCGCAACUGGUGUCGCAGCUUGCAGCACGAGCCAAGACCCUGAAGCAGUCUGAUUCUCCUUCGCCCCAGUACAGGAACCAGCACAACUACGAAGGCCGAGGCGGUGGUGGCGGUGGCCAAUUUCAACACCAUGGAAAUAAUUAUAAUAAUUAUCGGUAUUAAAUUGAUUGCUCAUAAUGAUUAACUAAUUAUACGGGGUGCUCAGGAGUAUUUCCCAUAACUUCAAGGUUGACAAGUCCGCUUACGAGUCGAACUGCAUAAGUAAUUUUUUUUAACAUUCACAACAAUAUUCAUAAUAUUUAUCAAGGAAUAAGUUUGGCUAGGUCAUAAUGUAAGGGUGCGAUAUAAGGGAAUUGAAGAUCUAUUUACAAAAGAAAUAUUUUUACUCCGAAAAUAUUGACUACAUGCACGAUAUAGAAAAAUAAUAAAAACGAUCUCCCUAUCACUCGACAACUAAAGCUACGCCCAAACUGGGCUCCAUAGCUUGCAUUAUAUAAUAAAAGUGUGACUAGUAUAAUUUUUAUAUUAUAUAAUGUAAAAUAUGUAUUGCUUGAAUGAUAAUAAAUAAAUAAAUAAAUAUUAAUUUCAGAACACAUGUUAUUUAGACAUUUUUAAUUAUUUUUCCAUAAAGACCCUAGAGUUAUGGGAAAUACACCCGAGCACCCUGUAUAACUAUUUAUAUAUUGGGCGGUUUUUAUAAGAUAAUAGGUAUAUUUUGUAAGUAAUGAAGUAAAUUCAGUUGUCGGUUGAAACAGUUAUUUAUAGAAUUGGUCAAUUUAUAAAUACCUUAGCUUUCUUGUAUUUCUUUUUGUCAGACCAGGUGGUAAGGUUAUAAAUUGUAUCUUCAUUUUUGUAAUUAAUUAAUUAAUAUAAAAAAUUGUAAAUAAAACAGCAUCCACAUUUGGCCAAUCUGUAAACGCCUAGAAGACAACACUGCUUAAAAGCUAAAAGCUGUUGGUGGACUCUAGUUUAUAAUCUAGAUGUAUGACUGCAGAAUUUGAAAUGCACAAAGUACAUAAUUAUGUAAUUUGGUCAAGCUGUUGAUAGAAUAAUAAUAGGUUAUUUUACCUGGGUAUUUCUAUGUAUUAGGUAAUUUGUAAAAAAGAAACACUAUCUAUUUUAUGUUUGUAGGAGGGGAACAUAAUAUUCCCCGAAUUUAGGUAUAUAAUUAUGCGAAAUAUUUUGUGUUGGAAUGGAAUGUAUGGAUCAUGGAUGGAUGGUUCAAAGAGGGAUGAUUGUAUCUGUGACCUCUGUAUUUAGUCCUGACCCUUCACUGUGGAGCUAGGUUUCUUUUACAAACUGUGGCAAAUAUUGCUGGUAAAAAGAUGGCUGUUGCGAAGGCUGUUAAUGGGUGCAAUUGAGAUUCUGGCGACAAAUAGCAGAUUGAAUAAAAUAAUUGCUUUAACAUUACCAUCGAUGUUUGCCGAUGCUUCUGUGUCCUAACGAUGUCUGUAUUGAUAAAAUUAGCUGGUAGGUACUUAUAAAUGUUUUAUGUAUGUUCUUAGGUCGUAAAAUCUUGAUUCCUAUUUACUUAAUCAACAGACCAAAGUGUAGCUAAUCAACACUUUAGUCUAUUGAUAGGUAGGUAGUUAAGAUAUAAGAAUAUGGAGAUGGACUAUGGAGUGAAAUACAAGUUGUUGCUUAAAUUGUCUGGUUUUGGUGGUGUCUAGAUCUAGAACUAUGACUACGUUUUAUUAUUGUAUCCGAAAGUAUUUUAAUAGCGGCAUUAUAAUGGCAUUAAGUUUGGUGUAAAGUGAAAAUAUUUAAUGUAUAAUCCGCUUCAAACUUUAGGACGUUUCCGAAUAUCGUACGCUAUGUAAAAAUUUACCCGUAGCGACGCAGCGGCGGGGCACCUCGCGCUUUCAGUGGCCUCCUGCUUCUUUUUGGUGUAGGUACUGUACUUGCACUAAAGCCGGAUUUAUAUUUGUCUGACGUGUCGUGUCGUGACGCGUCAGAACAGAAUCGGUAUCAUACAUUUUGUAUGGUAACGUUUACAGACAAAUGUAAAUCCGGCUUAAAUGUAUGGACAGUUGCGUGUAGCGACACUCGCAGCUAACUUCCGAUAUGUCUUUAAGUUUGAAUCAGACUGUACUUACCUGCACUUUAAAAUGACACCAGCAGGGUAAUGUAAUGUAAUGUAACUCUGUGUAGGAUUUAAAGUAUGAGCCACUGACAAAAAAUAAUGUUAAUAAUGUAAUUUAAUUGAAAUAAUGUUAGGGGAUCGCAAAAACUGAAAAUUCACUUGACAUAGUGGCUUAUGUUUUGAACCGUACCUACACUAAUAUAUAAGUUAGGUACCCUUCAGAUAUGGACUACAGUAUAACUUGAACGGGAUCAAUGGAGUGAAGAUCCAGAUUGCGCAAGACUUCAAGAGGACUACUCUGCAGUCCAGCUUUUUUACAACCAUUAACGCCUACGAAUCAGCAUACCAUUGCCCCAGGACUACAGAGAACUUCAGGUGUCCAGCUUGGCGGAACAAGAUCUCAAAUUGUCUCAAAACUGCGGCGUGGCAGACAGCUUUGACACUAACAUGGAUCUUCGGUCCGGAAACGCGGGGUGCUGAGCGCGUCCGAAGAAUAGCUAGCAAUGGAUAUUGACUUAGCUCGCAUAGCGAUUGUUCAAACUGCAUUCAUUCUGAUCCACGAUUAUGUAGUCAAAUCGUCGCCUGCAUCCAGCGACUCUGCUAUCCUUCAUGGCAUUUCUGCUGAAUGCCGGCGUCUUAUGACUAGUAUUUGAAAGUCCUUACAAGAUGCCUAUGUCUAGUAGUGGACGUCCCUUGGCUGAUAAUGGUAAGAAUAUACAUACAUACAAAAGACUAAGAGUAAAUGCAGUUUGUGCAAGGGACAAUGUUUCAUUGCCUCACCACGUGCAGUCAAACCUGGACUUGAUCAGCAUUCCAACUCGCUUAGCGCGACAUUCUGUUAUCUCAGCUGUAAUUUUUUGUGUAAAUAAAGAUUUAGUAACUA